AUGUUGUCUCAGUUUGUUCACUGUCCAGGUCCAGAACAUGUUGCUGCUGCAGUCCGUGUUUUGAGAUAUCUGAAGAGGUCACCGGGUCAAGGACUAUUCUUUCCUAUGUCAGGAGACUUGGAGCUAGUGCAUACUGUGACGCAGAUUGGGCGGGAUGCCAGACGACCAGACGCUCGACCACCGGCUAUAUAUACAACUCGUGGGCGCCCGUGUCGUGGAGAACAAAGAAGAAGGUUGUCUCGAGAUCUUCAGCUGAAGCAGAGUAUCGAGCCAUGGCGAGUACUGUCAGCGAAGUUCUUUGGUUGA